CCAACUUCAUGCCAGUCUGCAGUGGAGUUUCGAUUUGUAAACACAAAUUGGCUUGCUCUCGUUUAUUUCGUGGUCUUUUUGUGCGAUAAAAGUGUAAAAAUGAGUCCUCUUGCCUGCACAAGUUUAGUGUGGACUCCACUGUGUGUGUAGGCCCAUUCUGUGUGGCACGAGCAAUCCUGCUGGUUCACUGUCGCUCUUCUGGACGGGAUCAGGAAGUCUUCUCCAAUGGAUGAUGCAGAGAGAGUCAUUUGUGCAUCGGAGAUUAUAAAAGAUCGUCUCUAUUUUGUCACACUGAAGAACAAUGUGAAGCCGAAGAACACAGCAAAUACGCUGUACUUCUGCGUAGACGACACUUAUGUGUACGAGAACUUCUUCUGGGACUUUGGGCCGCUCAACAUUUGCCAUGUCUAUCAAUAUUGCCAGAUGCUGGAGGCGAAAUUGUACUCAAAGUCUCUGGCGCGCAAGAAGAUUGUCCAUUACACCAAUUCGACGCCACAGAAGCGUCUCAAUGCGGCUUUCCUCAUCGGUGCCUAUAUGAUUAUGUACCUAAAGAAACCACCAAAUGAGGCUUAUGAUAUUCUCACAUCGGGAGAUAUUCCAGCUUAUAUCAAGUUCCGCGAUGCAUCAAAUAUGACACCGCUGUUCGAGAUAAGCCUAAGGGAUUGCCUGAGAGCGAUUGAUAAGGCCAAGAAGUACAACUUUGUUGAUUUCACCGAUUUCAACGUGAUGGAAUAUGAAUAUUAUGAGCGCGUGGAGAAUGGUGAUUUGAAUUGGAUCUUGCCAGGAAAGUUUCUUGCCCUCUGUGGACCUCAUCGGAUUGCUGGAAUCGUGAAGGGAUAUCCACAGCAUUCGCCAGAGUCCUACUUUGACUACUUCCGCCGUAACAAUGUGCAGAACAUAAUUCGCCUGAAUUGCAAGUCGUACGACGCGAAGCAGUUUACUGAGGCGGGAUUCAAGCACAUUGACAUGUUCUUUCCGGACGGAAGCUGUCCCAAUGAUGCAAUAAUGAAGCAAUUCCUACAGUACUGCGAGUCUACGCCGCACGCCGUGGCCGUGCACUGCAAGGCUGGCCUCGGUCGCACAGGGAGUCUGAUUGGGGCGUACAUCAUGAAGCACUACAAGUUUAGUGCACUAGAGGCGAUCGCAUGGCUGCGCCUGUGUCGUCCGGGAUCUGUUAUUGGUCACCAGCAGCGCUGGAUGGAGGAGAAGGAGAACUUCCUGUGGCAGGAGGGCGACAAGAAUCGCAGCAAUAAGAACAUGGAGAAUCCAAUUCCGCACGAAUUUGGCAUUUACAGCUUCCGUCAGUUGCUAUUGAAGGAUCGUCUGGGAACGAUAUCGCAUCAGGUGGACAAUAUAAAUUUGAAUGACAAUGAGACAAUAGAGUCGGAUUUCAAUGAUAACAAGCCAAGCAACAAGCCCAAUAAUAAUGAGAAUGCAAUAUUUACGUCAAAGACGAUAGAAUCGCUGCGAUCAUCUAAAACUCUGCCCAUGAGUGGGAAAACUCAAGGUGAUCACCUCAAUGAGAUUAAGGCAUCGCGAAGACGUCACUCGCGCUCGGUUAACAUUGAUCAUGGCAGGAAUCCGUCGUAUGGCAUUCACACUAGGGCGAAGUCACAGCCUUUUCAGAACAAAUCCAUGCACACGAACAGUCUGGCGCAGCGCAAGAAUGCGGCAAAUGAGGUGAAUGGCAACAAGAGGGGGGCGCACAUCACGAAGAGUGGAUUAGAAUCUGGCGCAGUGGACAAGUUCAUUGCUAAAACAAAAUCAUUAUCUAACACACAAUCAUCAAAUGUAACCACGCCACCGCAAAAUUUGGCCAAUAACAUCUUGCGUCGCACGCGGUUGCUAAAAAUAAUCACUGAUAAGAGUGCCACCGUGACCAAAGCCUCGGCGGCGGUGGGGAGUGUGCAGGAGUCGCGGGAUGUGAAUGAUAAUGGCCCGGUGGCGGCGCGCAUUGUCACGCCCACGAAGAGGAACAAGCGGUCGACGCUGGAGCCGGUGGAGAACACGGGAGCGCCCAAGGUGUCCAGGCGGAAUGCGGCGGCGAAUCUGCAGAAGCUGUCGGCCAAGCGGAAGGAGGACGCGGCCGCGCAGACGAGCCACGCGACGGGCAGUCGCGAGGCGAAGGGUGACGCCGCGCGGCCCGUGGCGAUCAAGAAGAUCGUGCAGGUGACCAUCACGAGCACGCCCAGAACCUAUCCGGGACCGCAGAGCCGCAAAUUCUAGAGAUUCUCCUUCGUAGAUGAACAGUAGACGUAUUUUACUCGUAGACGUACUCAAACUUGCAAGUACAAAGGAAAAAGAAAACCUCUCUCUAUGUUUUCUCUGAUGGACACAGUCGGGAAACAUAUCACAGAUGUCUCACUAUCUCACAUCACUCUCUAUCGCGCCACGGUUUCCAGUGACUCACCACCCACUCUGACAGUCAUUAUCCUUCUUGUUUGCUCUUCAUGGGACCAACUUUGCGUUGCGUACUUGCGCCAAUCUCUCGCCCCAUCUCUAAAGUGAACUGCAAUGGUACAAUUCAGUGGCAAUUUUAUGUUUUUUUUAUGAAAGAAUGUUUUAUUUUACCAUUUUAAGUACAAUUACACAAAGUAUAUGUAUGUCUAAUAUAGUAAACCUUUCAUUACAAAACUCAUUUAUACAAAAAAAAAUUUCGUGUGGAUCUCAUGGAGAUUUAAAUUGUGUCAUAAUAAUUUAUUUAAUCAUGAUUAGCAUAAGAUUAUUUACUCUAUAUUACUUAUUUGUGUCGUUUUCAAUUGUCAACAAAUUGAUAACAUUUUCAUAAUACUAAUUGACGAUAAGGUGAGGAUUUGCAUGAUUAUAAAAGUUGUAGGAAGGAAAGGGCGUUUAUAUUGUGUAGGGAUAUUUUUCAUAUUACAAUGUAACAGAAGAUUAACUCAUGUGAUUUUUUUACGCAAUAAAUCAAGAGACAGAUCGCGAGUUCUAUGCAUAAAAACUCAUACUUCCUUCUGCGCUACUUUAGAGAUUAAGACAUUGAAACAAUUUAACACAUUGAUUAUUAAUUUUCUCAUUUAAAAAAUAAUCAGAUUAAGGAAAAUGCAUCCUGCUUCUCAUCCUGUUUUAUUUCCACCUGUUUGUGUCUCACCUUAAAUGCAGUAAAUGUAAAGCUACUAAAAGUAUUUGUGUGAAAAAUCUACAUUUAUCCAUAGAAGCACACUUAUAAAUUAACAUGAUAAAGAUAGAAAAAAAAAAUCAAUAGCAAUGUAAUUAGAGACAGACGUUAGAGUUAGAAAUUAGAAAGAAAAAGAGAUGAAAAAUUGUGUAAUUUGAUUGAGAAAAUUUAUAAUUUUAUUAUGUAUUAAGUGUUGAAUCUAUAAUAUAAAUUUUAUUACUUCA